AUGUACAAUCCAACUAUAUUGUUUCUAUUGAGUACUCUGGAUGUAUUUGCUAAAACAUACAUGUACAAUCCAACUAUAGUGUUUCUAUUGACGACUCUGGAGGUAUUUGCUAAAACGCACAUGUGCAAUCCAACUAUAUUGUUUCUAUUGAGGACUCUGGAUGUAUUUGCUAAAACGUACAUGUACAAUCCAACUAUAUUGUUUCUAUUGAGUACUCUGGAUGUAUUUGCUAAAACGCACAUGUACAAUCCAACUAUAGUGUUUCUAUUGAGGACUCUGGAUGUAUUUGCUAAAACGCACAUGUACAAUCCAACUAUAUUGUUUCUAUUGAGAACUCUGGAUGUAUUUGCUAAAACGCACAUGUACAAUCCAACUAUAGUGUUUCUAUUGAGGACUCUGGAUGUAUUUGCUAAAACGUACAUGUACAAUCCAACUUUAAUGAAUUUUUUAACGCCAAAACUAUUCGUGAGUAAUUUUUAA